AAAUGUCAUGUCAUUGUUGUUAGAUGGCAGAGGGUGACAAAAAGAAGGUGGCGAAGAGGCACUGCAGCCGCAACCCGGUCCUGGCACGCGGGCUGGGCCGGUAUUCCCGAUCUGCCAUGUUCGCCCGUAAGGCUUUGUACAAGAGGAAGACCAAGACAACUGAGACCAAGGUUGAGAAGAAGCUGAAGGAGAAGGUGCCAGCCACUGUCACAAAGACUGUCGGAGGAGACAAGAAUGGAGGCACCCGUGUGGUCAAAGUGCGCAAGAUGCCUCGUUACUACCCCACAGAAGAUGUCCCACGCAAGCUGCUAAGCCACGGCAAGAAGCCCUUCAGCCAGCACAAGAGGAAGCUGCGUGGCUCCAUCACCCCUGGCACCGUGCUCAUCCUGCUGACCGGCAAGCACCGCGGAAAGCGUGUUGUUUUCCUGAAGCAGCUGUCCAGUGGUCUCCUGCUUGUUACUGGUCCCCUGGCCCUGAACCGUGUGCCCCUGCGCAGAGCACACCAGAAGUUUGUCAUCGCCACCAGCACCAAGGUGGACAUCUCUGGCGUAAAGAUCCCAAAGACCCUCACCGACUCCUACUUCAAGAAGAAGAAGCUGAGGAGGCCCAGACACCAGGAGGGAGAGAUCUUCGACACAGAGAAGGAGAAAUACCAGCUGACUGAGCAGCGCAAGGAGGACCAGAAGGCAGUGGACUCUCAGCUGCUGCCCCUCAUCAAGAAGGUUCCUCAGCUGCAGGGUUACCUGCGUGCUUCCUUCAAUCUGUCCAAUGGAGUCUAUCCACACAAGCUGGUGUUCUAAACACGUUGUAAUAAAGUCCUGCAGUGUAUUACUGUUA